AAUUACUUUACAUUGCUAAAUUAACACAGUGCGUAUAUAGCUCCGAUCGAUCGACAUCCAUGGCGUCAGCUCAAGCUCAAUACACUGUAACUAAGUAUGAACAGGAAGGUGAUCAGACUGUUCGCCCCGUCGCAAAUUUCUCCCCAAGUUUGUGGGGUGAUCUUUUCUCUUCAGUUUCCACUCACAUUCAGGAGGCGGAAUUCUACGCCGGAGAAAUCGAAGCUCUGACGGAGAAGGUGAGAGCGAUGAUCGUCUCCGGCGACGGCGCCGGACGCGUCGAAGAGAAAUUGAACUUAAUCGAAAAAAUCGAACGUCUCGGAAUUGGGUAUCAUUUUGCCGAAGAAAUUGAGGAACAAGUCCUCAAUUUUCACGGCGCCGCCGUCACCGCCGGCGAUCUGAACACCGUCGCGCUUACCUUCAGGUUGCUCAGACAGCACGGCCAUCGCAUCUCUUCUGGAAUCUUCCAGAAGUUCAUCGGAGACGACGGCGGAUUCAAGGAGUCCAUAAAGGGGGACGCCAGAGGCCUACUAAGCCUAUACGAAGCUGCUAAUUUAAGAACACAUGGAGAAGACAUUCUGGAUAAGGCAUUAACAUUCGCCACAGGUUGUCUGGAAUCCAUGGCGCCCAAAUUGAGGUCUCCAUUAAAGGACCAGGUGACGUACGCCAUGGACCAAAGCUUCCACCGCGGCAUCCCGAGGGUGGAGGCGUACAGAUUCAUAUCCUUUUACGAAGACGAAGAACAUUCGAAAGACGACCCGUUAUUGAGGCUGGCAAAGUUGGAUUUCAAUCUGCUGCAGAUUCUCCAUAGGAAGGAGCUUUCGGAGCUUACGAGGUGGUGGAAGAAUCUAGGGCUUGUCUCGAAGCUAAGCUACGCUAGGGAUAGAGUAGUAGAGUGCUAUUUUUGGACAUUAGGGGUCUAUUUCGAACCACAAUACUCACAGGCUCGGAUCAUUCUGGCAAAGACCAUCGCCAUGGUUUCUGUCAUCGACGAUACCUACGAUUCGUACGGAACCAUUGAUGAGCUCCAAAUCUUCACCGAAGCUAUACAAAGAUGGGACAUUAAUGAAGUGGAUAGACUCCCCGAUUACAUGAAAAUAUUGUACAGUGCUGUUCUUGAUCUGUAUGAUCAGUACGAGGAGGAACUAAGCCACCAAGGACGAUCAUUCGCCGUCGAUUAUGCGAAAUCCAAGAUGAAGGAGAUAGCGAGGAGCUACAACGUCGAGGCAAAGUGGUUCAUCGAAGGAUUUAUGCCAUCAUUCGACGAAUACAUGUCGAAUGGUUUCAUUACAAGCACUUACUACCUGUUGGCGGCGACAUCCUUUGUUGGUAUCGACUACGCUACUAAACAAGAUUUCGAUUGGCUCAAAAAUAAGCCCAAAAUUCAAGUGGCUAAUGUCACCAUUUGUCGUGUUGUCGAUGAUAUCGCCACCUAUGAUAUUGAGAAGAAAAGAGGACAAAGCGUGACGGGGAUCGAAUGCUACAUGAAAGAUUAUGGGGUGUGUGAAGAAGAGGCUAUGGAGGCAUUUCAGGACAUUGCCGAGAAUGGUUGGAAGGACAUAAACAAAGAACUCGUCGAUGAGAAAUCGGUGAGCAUCGACAUUCUUACAAGAGUGGUGAACUUGUCACGAUUAAUCGACGUCGUUUACAAGCACAAUCAAGAUGGAUACACUCAUCCUGAGAAACUUCUCAAGCCCCUCAUCACUGCUUUGCUCGUCCAACCUUUGCAUCUGUGAAGGAAUUAUAGCUCAAGUGGUUGAAUUAUUAUUAUUUUUUCUUUCAUAUGUGGGAGAAAAUAUAUAUAUUUAAAAAAAAAAAAAAAAAAAAAAAAAAAGAAAA